AUGGAUGACACUAAUAUCCGAUCUUGGGCAUCGAGGCUCAAGAGUUACAUCCCGACAUUCGGCAAACGAGAGAAAAUGGCCAACGAAGACAAGUUCGUCGUGACCGACACAAUAGUCGAUCGAUAUGCAAACAAGAGAGUGUUGCAGAAAACGCUCCUGGCCUUUAAAUUCCCUAAAGGGGCGAUCAAGAUGAGGGCCACAGCAGGCAACGGCUUCGAGCUUCAGCUUCCCCGAAAAUUGACUGCAGAGGAAGUCGAGGAAAUCCGUGCUGCUUUCAAGAAAGCCAGUGAAGAAAACUCCGAAGAUUAA